AUGGAUGAAGACCGUCGCAUAUGGAUGAAGAUAGAUAUUGACCGAUUGAAGAUUGGAGCGCUGCCAUCAUCUUUGGCUUUUAGGUUCCCCUCUUUACACUCCUUGUACUUCUGCAUCUCCUUCAUUGGGGGACUUUACCUCUUUCCCCAGCAACCUUCUACUGGACAACAUUGGGUAAAUUGCUUUAUGUUUAAAGACAAGGGCUACCAGAAAAAAGAUAAUGCUAUCAGUUCAGUUGACACAAACGUUAAAGGAGUUCUUUAUGCUGAUUCGAGGAUUUGGGACACAACAGAACAUUCAUUUCCCUACCCAGAUGGAAAUUCAUUUUUUGUUCAGACUAACUUCAUAAAAACAGAAAACCAAAUACAAAGUACUUGUGCAGCAUAUCCAAGUGCGCAAACAAUUUGCACUCAGCAUGCUUUUUGCAAAAGUGGUCAAGUUGAUCUAAAAAGUAGCGGAAUUCAAACUGGGCGUUGCAUACCAUACAAUGCAACUACUAAAACAUGUCAAGUCUCUGCAUGGUGCCCUCUGGAGUCCAAAAUUACCCCAAACCCCGCCAUUAUGCAAAGUGCAGAAAACUUUACCGUCCUGAUUAAGAAUAACGUCUUCUUUGCAGCAUACAAUUACUCAGCGAAAAAUACUGUGCCAACAUAUAAUGCCUCCUGCAUUUAUAACAGACUCUCAAAUCCCCUUUGUCCAAUCUUCCGCCUAGGUGACAUUAUCAAGGAGAUCGGAGAAAACUUUUCCCAAGUAGCAGUUUGGGGUGCUAUUGUUGGUAUUGACAUUAAAUGGGAUUGUAAUCUUGAUUGGUCAUCUCCCUGUCGCCCAGAGUACAGUUUCCAGCGUUUAGAUAAAAGAGUAAUUGAUGAAUGCCAAACCCCAUGCUUCAGCUUCAGAUACGCCAAAUACUACAAAACUGCAGGUGGAAUAGAGCACCGGACCCUAAUAAAAGCAUAUGGAAUCCGAUUUGAUAUUCAAGUCUACGGAACUGCUGCUAAAUUCAACUUCAUUAAAUUGGUAUUAUUUUGUGGGUCCUGCUUCUCUUACUUUGCAUUGAGUUUUAAGAAAGGAAGGAUGGAAGUUCAUGGAACGAGUGAUAAAUGGAAAAGUAUGAAGGGAUAA